CAGGCCCAGCCCUCCACCGACGCCUCCGACCUCGGUGUGUGGCGCGUGGUAGCACGACGACGAUCGCCAUUGCCGCCGCCUGUGCCAUCGGGCGCGCGCGCGGCGAGACAAUGACCUCCUCCGUAUCCCCAGCCGCGGCCGCCUCCCAGUCCCAACUGCAUAUUACCACCACCGGUACGGGCACCGGGUCCACUGCAAUCAUAUCGCCCUCCUCAAACCAAAGCACCAGCAACGCCAACGCGCGCUCCUCCUCCUCCUCCUCCUCCUCCCCGCAUUCCGCGAGCAGCCCCCCUCGAGCUCGCGGCCCCAGCACCACUGGAGGCACUGGCAGCAGCGGCGGAAGCGGAAGUGGAAGCGGGUGCACGAACCAGGCGUGCGCGGCGUGCAAGUACCAACGGCGCAAGUGCAACACGGACUGCCCACUCGCGCCCUACUUCCCUGCGGACCAGCAGGAGCGCUUCCUCAACGCGCACCGUCUCUUCGGCGUCAGAAAGAUCCUCAAGACGCUGGAGAACAUCAGUCCGGAGCUCUCCGCCGAUGCCAUGGCGACCCUCAUUUUCCAGUCGGACAUGCGCGCACAGGACCCCGUCGGCGGCUGCUACCACCUCAUCCUCAGCCUGGAGCGCCAGCUCCAGAUCGAGACGGCCGAGCUCUCCGCCAUGCUCCAAACACUGGCGCUCUUCGGCCAGGCUACUACUACUACCACGAUGCCACCGGAUCAAGGCGGCGGCGGCACGGCUGGCCUCGACUACACCGCGUCAUCCAACCUCCUCCACAACGCUCAGCAAGAGGUGCUUUACGCACUCUACAAGAACAAACACGAAGAAGCUGACAUCGUACAUUCCGACAACGAGGUCGUCCGCCACCACGGUGGUGGAGGCCACGGCCCCAACAAGGAUGAUCACGGCCGGCAACAGCAUCAGGUCCUUAACUAUUUUUAUUGCAACAACGCAACCGCAAGCGACGAUGUCGACAACAUGCAACAGUUCCAUUUUAACGAUAGCUGUGCCGCCGCCGACAAAGUGGAUCUGACUCCUCCGGCGGGGGCUGACGAAAUGAGACAUCAUCAUCAGCACCUCGACGAGAACUGCCAGAUUGACCACAAGGAUUAUUUCGAGAUUAAAGCAGCGGCCGCACUCGUCGACGACGCGUUUCACAUGCGACAGGAGGUGGUGGACGUGAGCGCCGAGGUUGACAUGGAGGACAUCAAGACGGUGGAUGUGAAUAAUGCCGGCAUUGGCGGCGUCGAUAUCAAGGCGAUGGCCAUGAACGCCAACGUCGUCGAUGUCACACCACAAAUGGCAGCUGAGUCAUCGCACUGCAGACUAGGGCUAGGCUUUUCAUCGUUCUGAAUCUGAUCAAACCUUCCAUUAUUAUUCGCAUGCAUGUACUAAUAAUUUUUUUUCCGGAUAUAAUAGGGAGAUUAGAGGGUUUUUUUGGUCCA